GGGACUUUUUCGCUGCUGCAAGACUUCCCGUCCUGCCUGCACCGGACAUUUCGACUGAACGCCAACAUUUGCGACACGGACAGUCACAGUCGGACCAGAACGCUCGCUGCGCCGGGACUUGUAACAUACUCGAGGCUAAAUCUUGGGGGAAAAAAGAAAAAGAAAAGAGCCGUGCAUCUCCUGCGACAAUCGAUCCGGACCCGGAAAUAGCGACGAAGAGAACAUCGAGUAGAGCAGGCCGUAUCGGAAAGGUCUGCUGGACGACACACACAAGAAUCUCCGUGCCCAGUUCGCCUUGCCUUGCGUCGCGCGCGCGCGAAAGAUAUCCAUAGACAUCCAGCCACACACACACACACACACACGGGAGUCGCUCGAAUCUCUUUUCGCAAAAAUGGCGGCAGACACGCAGAGCAUGCCGUUUAUCAAGCACCUGGCUUCCAGUGACCGCAAGAUCCGCACCUCGGCGCUCGAGACGCUGCGCACGUUCCUCUCGGCCUCGGCGUCGACCGCGCGCCUCUCACACACGGACAACCUCAAGCUCUGGAAGGGCCUGUACUACUCGCUGUGGAUGUGCGACCGCCCCGUCCCGCAGCAGAACCUGUGCGCCGAGCUGGCGGGCCUGGUGGACGUGAUUGCCUCUGCGGCGCGGAGGGCCGACGUCUCCGGAGCCGCAGGCAACAAUAGCGGCGGCGACAAGGAGGAGAGUAGUGUCGAGGUCAAGGUGGUGAUUGGCUGGCUCGCGGCGUUUUGGGAGACGAUUGCGCGCGAGUGGACGUCGAUUGACGUGCUGAGGCUGGAGAAGUUCUUGUUGUUGGUCAGGCGGAUGUUUGCGGCGUCGCUGGUCUGGGCUACCACCGCGUCCUCUGCGGGUGCUAAGGCGAAGGCGGCGAAGAAGAACAAGACACAGAAGAAGAAGAAGGAGGCUGCGGCGACGAAUACGAAGAGGAAAACAAAGGCGUCUCAGCAGGACGAGGAGGCAGAGGACGACAUCACAGACUCGGACAGCGCAAGCAGGACAAGGCAGGCCGCCCUGGUCGGGUUAUUCCGCGAGUGGGCGUUUGAGCAGUCGGGAGACCUCGCCAAGGUCCCCGUGGGCUUGAGGCUGCAUGUGCUGGAUCUCUGGGUCGACGAGGCGGAGAAGGCUGGUCUUGUUGUUGCAGCCGCCGUGUCCGAGGAGGCGGAGGCGGAGGAAGAGUCCAGCAGCACAGAGGAGCCAAAGACGUCAUACCUCCUCGACGCCCUGCGCGAGCUGGUCGACGCGCAGCACAAGUCGCCCAGCAAGCCCGUGCGGGCGCGGGCCAAGGAGUCGCUCGCCGACGAGCGCCUGCCUUGGAAUCAAGGCGGCGAGGAUGAGGAGGACGACGAGGAGAUGGGUGAGGGUGGUGCGGCCGAUGAGGAAGACGGUUGGGGUGGAUUCGAUGAUUAGAGAGACGUUGACGGCUUCGCGUUUGAUCGUGCUUGAAAUGUAAAAGCCGGCGAGGUUAUCUUCUCAAUGCUGUACUCACGUACACAGCCGUUGGUCGGCAAUGCGCCAUUGAAACAUGGAAAGCGUCAAAGACAUGGGAUAGAGAAAUAAUGAGUUACGGGUGUUUUGUUCCCGCUGUUGACCGGAUUCAUGAGAUGACGCUUCGCGAGUUCAACAAUGAACACCCACUUUGACUACAUGA